UUAAUGAUGAUAAACCAUUCCAGGCCGGGAGAGAUCAACCUCUCAUAGUCUCGUUCACUCUGCAAAAUGGAGAGUGCUCUUCUAUCAGCCUCCACCAUUCUCCCUCUACAAAACAAAGUUGUUUGUGGAGUUUUAAGGAAAUGGCAGAGCUCAUUCUAUGGUAAAGGUGUAUGUAAUGGUGUUCUUGUGAAGAGAAGUAUCAGUUAUGCUGGCAGAAGAAGUCCUCUCACAGUCUCUUCUGUGCUCGGGAGGAAAGUAAAGAAAGUAAAGAAAGAGACGAUUGUUCCUGACCCAGAUUAUCGUAUCCCAGUUGUGCUUCUAGGUGCAGCUGGUACUUUAAUUUAUACAGAUAAUUUACUAGCAGCAGCUCCUAUUGGUCUUCUUGGAUUACUGUUGUUAUUCCAGACAACAAGAGUGAGAUUUGUCUUUGAUGAUGAGGCUCUGGAGGUUAAAGUAGGGGAACAGCUAGAGGAGUCAGGUGAAAACGUUUUUGUAGGUGGAAAGAACCGCUGGAAAUAUUCGACAUUUGUGAAUUGGGAGCUUUGGUGGCCAAAUUUCCCAGUUUUAGUUUAUUUCAAAGAGACACAGACAAAGCCUGAAGGCCAAGUGCACUUUUUCCCUGUAAUUUUUAAUGGGAAACAACUCUAUGAUGUUAUGGUUGAAAGAUGUGGGUCUUCAAAAACUAGCAGCCCCAAGUAGGCCUACAGUAUGAGUAUGACUACCAAGAACACAAUCAAAACUGGCAUGCCCAUCUUAGCAUUGCAGCAAGGCUAUGGAGAUCGGGUGCUUGGAAGAAUCGUUAUCUUAUGUUAUAUAGCACAGUAUUCAUUGUAGUUUAUCAGAAACAAAAGCAUUUCCUUAAACUGUAAAGCCAAUAUUAAUGUUGUGAUGAGGUGAAAAUCUGUGACUUGAGUCAUUCUAUCUUGUGCUGGUAAUUGUCAAUUUAUUUGUGUUGCCAGGACAUUAGAAAAUUGAUUCAUUACACAGGUAUAACAAAUCAGUAUUCUGUUUCUCUGUUAAA